GGGAUGAUUUGUAGUUCCAGAUCGUCGACGGGGUAGUUGCUGCGUCUAGCCAAAGUCUGCAAAGCAAGACUUUAGUCUUCAGUCUGGCAUAGGGGAGUGUUAAAGAAUGUACACAUAGAAUUCUAUAGUUCGUUGGACCUGCGGUCUGUGUAUGUCUUUUUAGUAGUCUUUUCAACUGUUGGAGUGUUGGUUGCGAGAUCACCAAGCGCGGUGGGGAAUAUUCAACUCUAUAGGAGAAGGGUAUCGAGAAAGAGAGACAUAGAGAGAGAGAGGGAACACAUUGUGGGUUCGUUCCGGGAGCAGGGCACGAUUCCGUAAUAUUUAUUUUCCACUCUACGGCCGUUACUCAUUACCUGGCCGACUGCGGCGCCGUGUGCACCUAUGUGCUUAUAUUUUCUUUGUGUCCUCGUGAUUUGAAAUCGCGCGUGCUGAAAGUGGAUUAUGACAAAAAAAAAUAUCUCGCGUGUCAGUGAAAGAAAUCAAUCGACUUGUUUUAGUGGUAAAAAUUUGUUGUUGCCUUCUUUUCAUUCAUUACUUUCUAGACGUUGGAUUGUCACAGGAAGUGGAUUCAAAAAAUAAUAACAACUAGAAACGGAUAUGCGCCAGUGUUUACCAAGCAUUAAGGAUUCAUAACCUUCGCAGGUGCGGCACGAUCGAUGUACAACCAGGCAGCCAACCGACUUGCCAUUUCAUUUCCAAAAAGACUCAUUCCCAGUGGAUGGACUGUCCCUUUUUUGAAGUAUAACAGAAAAAAAUUGUUUCUCUAAACUAGUGGUAGAAGAGGAACCACUUGCAUUUUUUAUUUAGACUCUUUUCACUGCUGUAGGAACUAUUUGGAUCAAUCAGAAACUAUAGGAUCCAUAGGAACCAUUUGGAACAAUCAUGAAAUAUAUCCAUUAAGAACCGUUUGGAUAAAUCAGGAAACAUUAGAAAUUCGGAACUAUUAGGAGUUCGUUCAAAAUUUAGUUUUCGGAUUCUCUUAGAAAUGUUCGUACUGGGUUCGAUCGAAGUAUUCCAAGUGCUAUGAUCAAGAGUAACAACUAGAUUCCUAGUUGUUACUUCUUAAACGGAAACAGGUCCUGCUUUGUUUCCAGAAUACGAAACCAGUUUUGGUUCUUUGCAGAUGGAACAAAUGAAACAAGAAUUAAUUAAUUAUUAAUGAAAUUUUAAAGAAUGUUGAUCGGGGACCUACUUCAAAGUUUAUAUUAUUAGUACCGAAAAAGGAUAAAGAAAAGUUCUCACUAGAUCAGAGAUUUUAUCAUUCAAGUUAUCCAUCAAGAGAUGAACCAAGUUUUUGUUAUUUGACAUUAAAGAUUAAAAGAUAAAAGAAUUGAAGACUAAUGAUUUGGUAUCAGUUGGAUAAAAACAGACGCUAUCUGCGUCGAUGAGCAGGAGGCAGGUGUCUGUUUGUGUUUCGGAGCGGAAUAAAAAUUUUGGGUCGCCAAGUAUAAUUUAUAUUUAUAUACUUUAUGCCCCUUUUGCUCGUAGAUGAAGUCACGGUCGGUGCGAAAUCUAGAACAACGAGAUUAAAAUGGGUUCGCUGAUGAACGUCUCGCACUGUUGCAUCACAGAUUCAAUGUCAACGUGCAUGGAGUGAAAAGUUUUUACCUUCCGGCGACUUUACUAAUUAAAUGACGGAAGAAAACCAGUUUGGCAUCAAUUCCCCGUAAAGAUUUACAACAAAUGUUGUAAACAUUCUUCUUCCUUAAGAAUGAUUUUUAACUAGAAAACUCGGAGCCUUUUUUUACAUUCAUACUCUUGUUUUUGUUUCUCGUGAUUUUCGGAUUAUCUCCUGAAUUUUGAUUCUGAAUCUUUUGUAAUUUUUUCUACCCAUACUAUGUUGUGUUGUGUGUCUAUGGAAAAUGUGAUGUGGGUGAAGUGCACUAUUGUUCAACGUGAAAUAAAGACGCCUACAGUUUGCUGUUGCACAAAAUAGAUUUAAAAAAACAAUUAGCAGUUAUUUAUGGUUUUUGGAAGAAUUAAGAAACGAAAAAAGUAAAAUGCUGCCUAGAAAAGAGGGACAACCUGGGCCUUAUGCUCUUGAGGAUAUGAUCUCUGAUCUUCAGACGAGGAGGAAUUCCCUCGAUCAUGACGAGGGGGAUCCUUUGGAUUUGCUCAAACAGAGAGAGAGGGACUUGGUUCUUGCUGCGGAAUUAGGGAAGGCACUUUUAGAGAGAAAUCAGGAAUUAACUAAACAAAUUGAUACACUUGCCGAGGAAUAUGCAUCGAAAUUGGAGAAUCUGGAGCAAGAAAGGCAUCUUCUUCGAAGGAGAUUGGAGGAGGCUCGUGACGAGAGUGAUGCCCGAGCCUUGGAACUUGAGGCUGAUGUCGAAUCGUUGAGAAGCCAAUUGGAGGAACAAAGCGAGCGUGCACGAAGAGCAGAACGGGAUCAGGCGACUUUGGUCGCUGAAUUAACGGCCCAGAACACGCGACUCGCCGAUCAGUUGAGGGAAGCUGCGAAACAAGAGGAGCAACUCAUCUUGGAAGUCAAAGUUCUUAGGGAAAAAUGCGCCACUAGAAAUAAUACCCUUCAGGAUCACGUCAGCAGUCUCGAGGUCCUUCGAGACGAGGUGCAAUUAGUCUCGGCUCAAAGAACAGAAUUGGAAAGGAGAUCUCUGGAACUGCGGGAGGAAAGGGCUCGAGCCUUGGCAGCCCUCGAGGAAGCCGAAGAGAGGGCCGCGGCCUUGGAGCGAUUAGGUAACGAAGCGGAACAUCGAGCGAGAGUAGCCGAGCAAGAAAGGGAUGAGCUGUCGGCGGCUUUGGCGACGAUCGAGGCUGAGCGAAGAGGAAGAUCAGGAUCGAUUCAGAAGCCACCUCGAUCACUGCAGGCGGAAAUGGAAUGCGAGGAGAGCGGAAGUUCCCUGGGGGAGCACGAAGACCUCAGAGCGGAAGUGACACGAUCGUGUAAGCGUUUGAGGGAGUUGUGUUCCCGACUGCGGAGGGGCGAGGACGACUCAGGUCUUCAGAGCGAUUGCGAUGAGUCGAUGCUCGUCAUUGCCAAUGGUGCCGAAGCCGAGGCGAACUGUCCAGGAGCGCUGUCGGAAUUAAUCGAAGAGCUCUACUGCCUCGCAUUGCCAGGAAGUGGCGGACCCGGUGAAUUGGGUCUCGCCGUGGAACUCCAUCGAGUACGAGAGGAACUCGAGAGCACAAAGGAUCAGUUGAAGCAAACUCAGGAUGAAUUGAAGCGAAGGGGCGAGGCUCUGAUUGAGAUGACGAGUAAAUUGAGUGUUUGUGAAGCGGAACUUCGUGGUGCACGUGAGGAGCGUGAUCGUGCAAGGGGUGAUAUCGAACACUCGGAACUCACCAAGGACGAGGUCCUUGCACAAGCUUAUCAGAGUAGAGAUCAAGCGGUGGCUAGAAAAAAUAGGGUCGAAGUUGAAUUGGCGAGGACACGAAUCGAUGUGCUUCAAGCGAAUAGUCAGUUGAUGGAGGCGAUUCAGCAGAAAAUCGAGCUCAGCCAACAGCUCGAGCAGUGGCAGAUGGAUAUGCAGGCCCUACUCGAUGAGCACGUACGAAGUAAAUUGACACCCGGUGCCUUAUCUUCUUCCAAUGGUGACGGUUCCGAUAUUGUCGCGCCGGCCAGGAAAAAACGCAAUUCAAGUACCUCGAAAAAGAGAUUUGGACUUUUUUGAAAUUUACUCUUUUCCUUUUGACCGAAUCAAAAAUCUGGUUGAAGACUGUGGUUCCAGUGCUCCUGUUUAUAAAGUCAUUUGAUUUCUCAUUUUAUUUUACGUUUUUUAUUUAAAAAAUUAUUUUUAUGAAGCGCAUAAUUAUUUCACAAUGUUUAUUAGGUUUAAUAUUUAUUGAAUUCGGUAGAAUUUAAUUACCGAGAUUUUCCAUUGAAUUGACUUUUCAUUUUUCGAAUUUUUAACCGAUACGAAUUUUUACUUAACGAAAUUGUUACUUAGCAAAAUUUUUACUUAGCGAAAUUUCUACUUAGCAAAAUUUCUACUUAGCAAAAUUUUUGCUUAACAAAAUUUGUACUUAACAGAAUAAUAAGCUACUAAAUUAUUUUUCAACAUAAUUUUUAUAAUAACCAACUUUAAAUUACAUUGAAUUUUAUUUUUAAAAUUAAAUUAAAUGAAUUUUAACUGAUACGAAUUUUUAUUUAACAAAAUGUUUACUUAACAAAAUUUUUACUUAGCGAAAUUUGUACUUAGCAAAAUUGUUACUUUACGAAAUUUUUACUUAACAGAAU